CACUGUUCGUAUACUGACUACUUUGAUUGGUAUUUGAAACUCUGUUUAGACUUUAGAGAGAGAGAUGGUGAUCAUGAAAAGGAUCAGACGGAAGCGCAGCACAGUUUUGAUAAGCUGGUUGGUUUGAACACUGCAGUUUGCAAUGAAUACUUUGAAAGGUAAUGUGCCUCGUCUGCUUGAAAUGUUAUGCAAUCUUGACUCUGCUCAGUGCUCAAGUUAUCGUUGAGCUUAAGACUCGUAGACAAGGACAAAAUGAUAGCCAAAUGCCCUGGAGUACUCAUCUGUAAAUAUCCAUGAAUGACUUUGCUGCAAUUGGUGUCUUCCGCAAUUCUCUCUUACCCGCUGCCGUAAUCUCUCUCCUAUAAUUUUCAAUAAAGAGCUUCGUGAAGGGUUGGUGGUUGUGAGGUUGGAUUGGAAGCUAGUCAUGGCCACCUUCGCAGGAACCUCCCAGAAGUGCACAGCCUGCGAAAAGACGGUGUAUCUGGUUGACAAGUUAACAGCUGAUUCCAGAUCCUACCACAAGGCCUGCUUCCGAUGCCACCACUGCAAAGGUACCCUAAAGCUCAGCAACUACUGCUCAUUUGAGGGAGUCCUAUACUGCAGGCCUCACUAUGAUCAACUCUUCAAGCGAACUGGUAGCCUAGAUAAGAGUUUUGAAGGCACACCAAAAAUUUUGAAACCAGAAAAACCUACUGAGAAUGAGAAUACCAAGGCAGUGUCAAGCUUGUUUGGUGGUACCAAAGAUAAAUGUGUGGGAUGUGAAAAGACUGUAUAUCCCAUUGAGAAGGUCUCUGUGAAUGGGACUGCAUAUCACAGGAGGUGCUUCAAAUGCACCCAUGGAGGUUGCACCAUAAGCCCAUCUAACUAUAUCGCACAUGAAGGAAAGCUCUACUGCAAACACCACCACAUCCAGCUCUUCAAGGAGAAAGGGAAUUACAGCCAGCUUGAAAAUGAACGUGAAAAGCAAUCAACGAACGAGCAAGCCACCUCAGUGGAGAUUGCUAGUCACUGAUUUUGAGUUGUAAUUAUGCCAUCUGGUCAUGCUUCUGAUGUAAUGCAAGGUUGAUCUGCAACUGAAAAAUGAGGGGUUUUCUGCGGCAUUUUGAUUGGUCAUAUCUACUUUGAAUACUCUAUUCGUGCCCUAGGGUUCAACUCUCACAGCAGCAUAUUAGUUCUUGAAACAUAUACUUCUCUUCAGGACCUCAAAUUGCAUUCCCAACCCCAAAAUUGACCUUAAUAAACGAGAUAGUGAAAAGAUAACCAAGGGAAAUUGGUUAAUAUGCAAUGGAAUUAUUCUGCCAUGAAGCGAAUAUUAUAUAUACUGGAAAAAACCAGCUUUCGUAGACAAACUCAUCUUCACCUACUGUACAUUAGUAUUGAAAUAACUUCUCAAGUAUGUUCUGACUUCUAAGGGGGUCAAGAACUAGAAUGCCCUUCUCCGUGGAAUAUAAACUCAGACAAUAAUCGGUGACAAUACAAGGUACCACACAUUUGAGUACUUGGCCCUCUACUGUGAGAGUUUCAUUUUCACCUCCUGUGCUGGAGAUCUACUCUUCUUCAUAAAUAAUCAUAAUUUCAUUCCAUUCUUGAUAGCCCGUUUCCUUUUUCUUUUUCUUUUUUUGGUCGUUGGUGGCCCUUUUCCUAGAAUCAAUUUCUAAGGAACCUGUUGUGUUUUAG